CCAAGACAACUAAAUCUUUAAUACAAAAAAUAGAGUGUAACGGAAAAACACUGCUACAGUAUGUUCUAUGAAUAGAAGAGUUACGACGUAGGGGCUAUUUAUUGUUAUGCUCUCAAAUUCACGUUCUUCUGCGCAAGACGAGAUUUUUUAUACCUGUAAUCAAUAAUGAAGUUAAGAUGAGAAUCUGGGUAGUAUACCAAUUGACGUUGAAGUAUAUAACAAAAUGGGCUAAUGGAAAAUUAGCGUUGCUUGGAUCUGGAAUAUCGCAAUCAUUCCUUUCAAUUUCUUCGCAGAACCACCAAACUGGGAACUUCAGCAUUGUUAAGAGACGACACAGGGUCCCCAUUGAUUCAGCUGUCAUUAAGCUGUUUGAGGAAAUGCAACAGAGAGCUCUACGUGCGAAAGAUAUUCAUUUUCAGCUUGUUGAUUAUAUCAAAUUGUCCCUCAGAAAACCCAAAAUUGUGACUGCUACUGUUGCCCAUUGUGCAGCAUUAAAGUUAGGUGCUCUGGCUCACCUCCCAAACUCAACAUCUCUACUCACUGUCUAUUCUAAGGCUGGAGAUUUUGUCUCUUCAAAGGGUUUGUUUGAUGAGAUUCCCAAUAGAGAUGUGAUUGCUUGGAAUGCUAUUGUUGCAGCAUCUCUUGAAAAUAAAUACUAUAGAACAGCAAUGGACUUCUUAGAGAAAAUGAUCAAGGGCAAAACUGGGUUUGAUUCUACUACUCUAUUGCUUAUGGUGUCAGCUUCUUCACUCAUAAAAAACUUUGACCAAGGACGGGUAAUUCAUUGUGUGAGUAUAAAAUCUGGGAUGCUAACGGAUCUCAGUUUAGGUAAUGCUCUUAUUGACAUGUAUGCUAAGUGUGGUGAUCUAAGCUCUUCCGAGGGUGUAUCCCAAGAGAUGGAAAGUAAAGAUAUUAUUUCGUGGAAUUCAAUGAUGACAGGCAGUAUUUACAAUGGGGAUCCAGUGAAAGCAUUGUAUUACUUCAAAAGGGUGAGUUUUUCUGAAGAAACAGCAGACAGUGUCAGUCUAUCUUGUGCCAUUUCAGCAUCUUCAAGUUUGGGAGAGCUGGCUCUUGGCCAGUCCAUUCACGGGCUGGGAAUCAAGCUAGGCUACAAGGACAGCACGCACGUUUCAGUUGCCAACUCUCUCAUUUCAUUAUAUUCACAAUGUGAGGACAUCAAAGCUGCUGAAACAGUGUUCAGAGAAAUAACACUCAAAGAUACUGUUUCCUGGAAUGCAAUGAUGGAAGGGUUUGCUUCAAAUGGAAAAAUUAAUGAAGUAUUUGAUCUUCUGGUUGAAAUGCAAAUAGUAGGGUCUUUCCCACCUGAUAUGGUGACAUUGACUACUAUACUUCCACUUUGUGCGGAACUGAUGCUCUACAGAGAAGGAAGAACUAUCCAUGGAUUUGCAAUUAGAAGACAAAUGAUGGUAUCUCAUCAUGUUAUGUUACUAAACAGCCUGAUAGACAUGUAUUCAAAGUGCAACCUGGUGGAGAAAGCUGAGCUCUUGUUCAAUUCUACCACAGAGAAGGACCCCGUAACAUGGAAUAUAAUGAUAUCUUGCUAUUCCCAUAACAGGUAUUCGGAUGAAGCUAAAAAAUUGUUCAGAGAGAUGCUACGUUGGGGCCUAAAUGGUAGUUCAUCUACUGUUUUUGCUAUUCUUUCUUCUUGUGACUCCUUUAACAGUCUCCAUUUCGGAAAAUCAGUUCACUGCUGGCAGUUAAAAUCUGGAUUUUUGAACCACAUUCUUUUAGUAAAUUCUCUCAUGCACAUGUAUAUCAAUUGUGAAUAUUUAGCUGCCAGUUUUUCAAUUUUGCAUGAGAAUUCUGCUUUAGCAGAUAUAGCCUCAUGGAACACACUAAUUGUGGGUUGUGUGCGAUGCAACCAUUUCAGAGAGGCUCUAGAUAUUUUCAAGUUGAUGAGACAGGAACCUCCUUUCAACUAUGACUCCAUAACCCUUGUAAAUAUCUUGUCUGCCUGUGCAAACCUGGAACUAUCCAGCCUAGGAAAGUCUCUGCAUGGCCUUGCACUUAAGACUCCAUUGGGAUCAGAUACUCGGGUUCAGAACUCAUUAAUUACUAUGUAUGACAGAUGCAGAGACAUCAACAGUGCCAAAGUAGUCUUCAAAUUCUGUUCCAUUCCCAAUCUUUGCUCAUGGAAUUGCAUAAUCUCAGCUUUAUCUCAUAAUGGAGAAAGUAGAGAAGCAUUGGGACUAUUUCGCCAUCUUCAGUUUGAACCAAACGUGAUCACCAUUGUUAGUCUUCUCUCUGCUUGCACUCAAAUCGGCGUCCUAAGACAUGGAAAACAGGCCCAUGGCCAUGUGUUCAGGACUGGCAUCGGAGAUAAUUCUUUCAUAUCAGCAGCUCUUAUAGAUUUCUACAGCAACUGUGGAAGAUUGGACACUGCCCUACACGUAUUCAGACAUGCAAAGGAGAAGUCGGAAUCAGCUUGGAAUUCAAUGAUUUCUGCAUAUGGAUAUCAUGGAAACGGUGAGAAAGCAGUCAAACUCUUCAAUGAGAUGUGCGAGUCAGGAGAAAGGGUGAGCAAAAGCACUUUUGUUAGCCUUUUAUCUGCAUGCAGGCAUUCAGGGCUUGUGAACCAAGGCAUUUGGUACUAUGAGUGUAUGUUGGAGAAAUAUGGAGUACAAGCUGGGACUGAGCAUCAAGUAUAUGUGGUUGACAUGCUUGGGAGAUCAGGUAGAUUGAAUGAGGCUUAUAAGUUUGCUAAGGGGUGUGACAGUUCAGGUGUUUGGGGAACUCUCCUAAGUGCAUGCAACUAUCAUGGAGAACUCAAGUUGGGAAAAAUAGUUGCUCAACAUCUCUUUCAACUGGAACCUCACAAUGUUGGAUAUUACAUAUCAUUGUCAAACAUGUAUGUAGCUGCAGGAAGCUGGAAAGAUGCUACCGACUUGAGACAAUUAAUCCAGGAUUUAGGUUUAAGAAAAACCCCAGGUUAUAGUCUUAUUGAUUUUGAUUUCUGAUAAAAAUUUUAAAAAGAUAGUUAUUUCACUUCGAGGUCACA